CCAGUCUGUCCAUUGGAGGCACAGAGCUGGCAGUCGAACAUCUUAUACCUGCAUGCUGCCCAAGAUCAAGUACUGCAGAUUGUUCCAUGUCACAACUUCAGAACUGUUGGGGAGUAUACCAAGACGGUGUGACGCAUGCUCUGGAUGCCGUCUCAGAGAUGGAGUCGAUGGAAGCAAGAACACUUCUUCCUGACCCAGCCAAUGAAUUUGAUCGGAACGUUCCACGUAUCUGUGGUGUCUGUGGAGACAAAGCUACUGGCUUUCAUUUCAAUGCUAUGACAUGUGAAGGCUGCAAAGGAUUUUUUAGGAGGAGCAUGAAAAGAAAAGCAAUGUUCACGUGUCCAUUCAACAGCGACUGCAAAAUCACCAAAGAUAACCGGCGGCAUUGCCAAGCCUGCCGGCUGAAACGUUGUGUGGACAUAGGCAUGAUGAAAGAAUUCAUUCUGACAGAUGAGGAGGUCCAGAGGAAGAGAGAGAUGAUAACAAAGCGGAAGGAGGAGGAGGCUCUUAAAGAGAGCAUGAAGCCCAAAUUAUCGGAGGAGCAGCAAAGAGUCAUUGACAUUCUUCUCGAGGCCCAUCGCAAAACUUAUGACCCAACCUACUCUGACUUCACCCAGUUCCGACCUCCGGUGAGAGCCAACUCAAGCAAAAGAAUAACUAGAUCAUCAUCGGUCCUAACGCAUGGCUCCUCAUCAGAAGACUCUUCAGAUACCUUCAACUGUUCUCUAGAGUGUGUAGAGAACAGAAUGUUUUCCAACAUGGCACUCAAUGAGGACUCUGACAGAAGCCCUCCCAUGGACAUUAACCUCUCGCACCUCUCCAUGCUACCUCACCUGGCUGACCUCGUCAGCUACAGCAUACAGAAAGUGAUUGGCUUUGCAAAAAUGAUCCCAGGGUUCAGGGAUCUGACAGCAGAAGACCAGAUUGCCUUAUUGAAGUCCAGCGCCAUUGAAAUCAUUAUGCUUCGUUCAAACGAGUCGUUUUCCUUGGAGGAUAUGGCAUGGUCAUGUGGAGGCAAUGAAUUCAAGUACCAAAUCGAUGACGUUACCCAAGCUGGUCACAAUCUGGAACUGCUAGAACCACUUGUGAAAUUUCAGGUUAGCUUAAAGAAGUUGAACCUUCACGUAGAGGAGCAUGUGCUCCUGAUGGGCAUCUGCAUCCUCUCCCCUGACCGCCCUGGCUUGCAGGACACUUCUCUGGUGGAGUCCCUCCAAGACCGCCUUUCCGAAGUCCUGCAGACCUACAUUCUGUGCAAACACCCUCCCCCGGGCAACCGCUUACUCUAUGCCAAGAUGAUCCAGAAGCUGGCAGACCUGCGGAGCCUGAAUGAGGAGCAUUCCAAACAGUACCGCUGCCUUUCCUUCAAGCCAGAGCACAGCAUGCAGCUCACCCCGCUGGUCCUUGAGGUUUUUGGCAAUGAAAUCUCCUGACUUCAGACGCAGGACAGCACACCCAGAAAUAAAGGGAUAAGUCAGCCCGGUGAGCGGAAGGGUGUGACCCUUAACCAGGGUUUGUAUAUAGACACCAUUUAGUUUCACACUACUGGAGAAGACUGUUUUUUCUGCACAUCUUCAGUCACCUGGUUUGGCUUGCUGCAGAGCAGCAGCCAACCCAGCUAAGCUGCUUUUUUUUUUUUCCCAGCGAGUAGCUUUUCCACUUGCCUUUCUUCUGUAACCAGCUCACAUAUCCCUUCAUGGCUGUUUCAAGGCUGCCUUCAGAUUGGGGCCUUCUUGAAACCACCACUUUUUUUGGGCUUGGUUUACAAAGUAAAAAUUGAAAUGUCAGGCCACUAGUCGGGAGGAAAUGACUGAGAUUUCAUGUGUGAGCAUAGAAUUCAGGGCUUCAAUGAAUCCCUAAUGCUGUAUGUGGAGGGAGAACAGUUCUCUAGUUACUCCUAUCCCUGCCUAAAGCCUCUGCCCAAGUGCUUUUGGCGCACAGUUGCUGGCUCAUUCCACCCCAGAGCCGGCUGAAUGAUCCCAGCAUAUGCCUCCACCCCCUCCACAACUGGCUACAAAGUAUAGAAAUAUCUUAGUCUCUAGAUAAAUAGGAAAAUGCACUUAGGGAACAAUUUCUGUAUCUCUGAAAGAAAUCUCCAUUUGCCUGCUGUGUAGAACCUGAAGAUCUCGGAAGCAAUGACACAUUGUGGUUUGUGUCCCGCUGUUAAUGUGACAGGAAUGAAUGGAUAUUUGUAAGGUUUCUAGUCUCUCGGGUGCUCUGAGAGGUGUAGCCAGACUGGAAGUGGUCUCUGUGAUAGAGUGAAGACUGUCUCUUGUGCUCCCGGGAUGGAUAGCUAAAAGCAUGAAAAUCCAUGCUAAUCAACACGCUGUACCAUUUUUGUUUCAAUGUUGAUGUUGCCAGCUGUUGAGGUGAGAUAUCAGAUAAUCACUUGGGAAUAAAAGAUCCCUUUCAGCCUGUGGGGUGGCCAGUGGUGUGGUUUCCAGGCCUUGGAGUCUGCUGGACAGUUAUCAAAUAGCUUCUUAACAGAUUAUUUGCCAAGCCUGUUAAAUAUGCAACAUCUUGGAAAAACUCAGUAAGAAUCAAGUGGGGAAGGAUUAAUCUCAUAUCUUCCUGCCCUGAAAUGUCCUGUUUGCAGCAAGAUUUCAGUCUUUACGAAAGGAGUCCUAGUUUCUUAGAACUAAG